UGGGUUUCAGCCUCUUCUGGGUGAAUCAUUUCAUUUCUAGAUGGCAGGUUGUUUUACCCUCCUUCCUGUGUGGACUUAUCAAAAGGCUCCUUGCUGCUCUCCUUGACCUUCAGGAUGGACCUCUGUCUUACACAAAGCAUGUCAGCCCCCAGCAUGGGUACACUGACCUCUCUUUGAAUGGCACAGGAUUCCCGGAUGCCUCGAGAAAGCUAAGGCCUGACAUUAACUACCUGCCUUUGAGUUUCCCUCCAUUCCGCUGCAGGGUUUCGAUCUGUUCCUCUGAAGAAUGGCUACAGUGAGGACAUCGAACUGGCUUCCCUCCUGGUUUUCUGCGAGAUGCGGCCAGUUCUGGAAAGGGAGGAGGAACUCUACUCCUCCUGUGGGCAGCUGCGAGGGUGGCAAGAAGAGCUGAACAACCAGUUAUUUCUCUGUGACACACAGCAGAACUUGUGCAAUGCCAACCAGGAUGCCCUUGUCAAAGAGUUCAAUGUCAAUGAGAACCAGCUCCAGCUGUACUUCCAGGAGAAGUGCAAUCGAUGGUUGCAAGAGAAGAGAGUCAGCAACAGCAAGUUCUACUCAUAGAAGGCGGUGUACAUGUGUAAGUGUGUGGUGUGUGCAUGUGGAGGACGGUGCUCUGUUCCAUCCCAUGUAAGAGACUACUGUGUGGCAUCAUCCUCUCUCCA